GUUUGUCAACUGUCUAUCAAUAUUGGCGCCAAUUGAGCUUGAGUUGAAACUUGAAAACAAAAACUUUAGUGCAAGAUUAAAAUAUAAUUAAUUUGUAUCAAACAUAUAAUUUAAAAUGAAGUUUGCAAUACCAGAAAUAUCAUGGCACAAUAGGGACCCUGUGUUAAGUGUAGAUUUUCAACCACGAUCAGAUUUAAAAGAUCCCUUACGGCUUGCUACUGGUGGUACGGAUUCUCAUGUCGUGAUAUGGUAUGUAUCAAUAUCAGAAGCAGGAACAGUCAAUUUAGAAGUAGCAGCAGAUCUAACCAAGCACCACAAAGCAGUAAAUGUUGUGAGAUGGUCUCCCAAUGGCCAGUUAUUAGCAUCUGGUGAUGAUGAAGCUAUUGUUUUUGUGUGGAAGCAGAAGAAUGAGGACCCAGCCCCAGCUGUGGAGGGUGAAGAGCAGGAUAAGGAAACAUGGGUUAUACAUAAGACACUCCGCGGUCACAUGGAAGAUGUCCUGGACCUGAGCUGGAGCAGCGAUUCCCUGCACCUCGUGUCUGGCUCAGUGGACAACAAGCUGCUGGUGUGGGACGUGGGUCGAGCUCGAUACACCAGCCUGGUGACGGACCAUAAAGGCUUUGUGCAGGGGGUCGCUUGGGACCCUAAGGGACAGAUUAUAGCAUCUGCUUGUACAGAUAGAGUGUUCCGCACAAUAGACAUAACAACAAAGAAAGUGAAUUCCCGAAGCAGCAAGGCAAUCCUCCCAUUUCCCGCUGACCAUCCGCUCCAUGGAGUCAAAGUGAGAUUGUACCAUGAUGACACUCUGCAGACUUAUUAUCGGAGACUGCACUUUAGUCCUGAUGGCAUGUUUAUAGCAGUUCCUGGAGGUAAAAUAGAACCUGAACAAGGCAAAGUGGACACAAAGCCAAUAAAUGCUGUAUACAUCUAUUCCAGAUACUCCCUUAAAGUUCCGCUAUGCAUCCUGCCCUGCAUGGAGCCAGCACUAGUAGUCCGCUGGUCUCCACUCCAAUACAAGCUGCGAGACAACGGGCCUUCGCCCCCGUUCCCGCGGCCCCGCCUCGUGCUGGCCGUGGCCACCAAGCGGAAUGUACUGCUGUAUGACACGCAGCAAACCACACCAAUUGCGCUUAUAUCUAAUGUGCAUUAUACCAGGCUCACAGAUCUAAGCUGGUCGAGUGAUGGCCGUGUACUGGUCGCUUCAAGCACAGAUGGGUUCUGUUCACUCAUUACCUUCGCUGAGAAUGAGCUGGGCACAGUCAUGCCACCUGCUGUGGAUGUACCGGCUACAGAAGCAAUGGAUGUGGAUGAACCACAACCAGAAGUGAAAGAAACUCCAGAAGAAAAACCAGCAAAAACAAAAUCGGAGCUUCCCAAAAUAGACUCGUACAUCAAAUUCAAAACGCCUUCAGAGAAAUCGCCUAAAAAGCAAAAAGUCGAAACGAAGCAACAGAAAACACCAGUCAAAGUUGAUUUAUUAGUUGAAACUGCGAUGCCGUCUUGGUCGGAUAAUUCUAGCAGUGACGUCAUCAAACCGAGCAAAUCUAAUGAUGUAGUUAUUAUAGAAGAUAGUGAAGACAUGAAACUCGUAUAUGACGAUACGGAAGGCAAAAGCCAAUCUCCGAAAAUCAUCACUGACAGUGAAGAAAAGAAAUUACCCGAAUCUCCAAAAAAUGCAAGUAAAUCGAGCGAAAAAACUGCAGAAACGAAAUCCCCUAAAAGCAGUCAAGGAUCUAAGCCAAGUACUCCAACGUCCAAAAACGUAGAUUUUAUGAAACAAGCAAAAAUAACAGAUAUUAAACAGCCUGUAACGGUGAAAACUCUACAGAGCCCUAAAGCCCCUCGACGAGUUAGCUUCGUGACUCUAUCUAGCCCUAAGAAUAAGAAAUCCUGUUAGUUGUAAUAAAGUAUUAUUUAUGUA